AUGUACAAAAUUCACCGCCAAGGUCAACAGAACGGUGUCAAUGGAGCGCAUCCGGAGAAGAAGCUGAAUAAGAAGAAGUCAAAAGGAAUUCUGGAGGACGACGAUGAGGAUGAGAAGCUCAAGUGUAAGGUGGCAACGAUUCGAAUUGAGGAUCAUGAUGAGGAGGAGGAGAAGCGAAAAAUGGAACGGAAAAAGAGGACACAGGAGGAUAUGGUAGCGGAUUUUGUCAAGAUUUUGGAGCAAAUGAUGAAUCCCCGCCAAGCGGUCACCUCAAUCAUCUCCGCGGGAAUGGGUGUCGCAGCGAUUACGGUAGCCGUCAUUUUCUUCGGCAGCCUUCCAGAAAGUGCUCUAAACGCGAAACAACUUGUUAUCAUUCUCGCGGUAUACGGUAUUUUGCAAAUCGUGCUAGCCACUGCGUUCUUCAUUACUUGUAUGCAAACAACAAUCGCUGUUUCGAAAGGUGUUAAGGACGCCUUUCAAAUCGUUGUUGGUCUUCUCGUUGCACUGAUCUACGUAGCGGUGACAUUGAUAUCUCUAGCGGUUGGAGUUUUUGGUUUCUACAAAACACUCUGCAUAGUUUCAUUUGUCGAAUACGAGGACCACGAAUCGCAAUUCUACUGUCCACCGCCCGUCUUUUAUACAUCUCUCACCGUCUUCAUCCUUCAUAUCGUUCUGAUUGUCGCGAAAUGUUGCUGCUGUAAAUAA